ACAUAAUUGCAAAAUCCAAAACUUUGUGCUGGCAUGCAGUCCUACAGGUUUGCAUAUGUUGCUCGUGAUGGAAAGAAGCGGACGCGUCGUCCCGCUUUGAUGACGGCUACAGCUUCUGUUUACCGAGGAAAUGCUAGCUUCGUUCAUGGAAGCAUUUUUAUUUUCUAACUCAGAAUCAGUCAUUUCUGCUCGUUAAACAGGACUGUUUGCUGUGUUUAUUGCUCCUUGAGGCUGGGAUCGUGGAUGGAGUGAGUGUUGAGCCCCAGUGAGAUGACUGACCAGGGCAACAACAACCACAACAUCUCCUGCAACCCCUUCGCUGCCCUCUUCGGUUCACUAGCGGAUGCCAAACAGUUUGCAUCUGACCAAAAAGCCCAGCAGCAGUCUGCUGAGCCACCAUUGGAGGACUCAGGAGAGAGCCAGUCGGAGUCAGAAAAYUCCGUUUCAGACAGCGUUGAUGACAACGAUGACUCCGUGGCAGAGAUUAGUCGCUCAUUUCGGUCACGACAAGAGCUUUGUGAACAGCUCAAUGUCAAUCACAUGAUYCAGAGGAUAUUUCUAAUCACGCUGGAUAACAGUGAUCCCGGUCUGAGAGGAGGUAAUGGGAUCCCUCCUCGCUGUGUUUACCUGGAGGAAAUGGCUGCAGACCUGGAUGGACAGGACUGGUUGGACAUGGACAACAUAGAGCAGGCUCUGUUUAACCGCCUGCUGCUGUUGGAGCCAGGAAACCACCUCAUCUAUAUGACAUCAUGCAGCRCGGUGAACCUGUCUGCUGACCGCGAUGCUGGGGAGAAAUGUGCCAUCCCUUAUCUUUUUGCUUGUUACCAGAGGGCUAAGGAGGAGGUAACAAAGGUGCCUGAGAAGUUACUCUCCUUUGCCGUCCGCUGCAAAAACCUGUCGGUGUCCAACACGCGAACAGUCCUGCUCACCCCAGAGAUCUACGUCAACCAGAAUAUUUACGAGCAGCUUCUCGACCUGCUGCUGGAAGGAUUUCAGCGAGCACAUCCAGAGGAAGUGAUUGAAUUUGUAGAGGAGGUCAUUGCUGGCCUGCUCUCUGACCAAGAGGUGCGCACCUUUGAGGAGGUGAUGGUUCCAGUCUUAGACAUUCUCCAGGGACGCGUCAAAGACUUGGAGCUGUGUCAGCCUGUCCUCUACUUUUACCUGGACGUUCUCCUCUAUUUCAGCCACCAUAAAGACAUCGCCAAGGUCUUGGUGGAACACAUGCAGCCCAAAGACCCAGCUAAUGGUUUGCAGUACCAAAAGACUCUGCUUGGAACUGUUCUGAAUAUAUCCUGCUUGCUGAAAACCCCAGGCAUUGUAGAAGGCCAUGGGUACUUCCAGAACCCCGCUCGCUCAAGUGCCCAAGAGACAAAGGUCCAGGAGGCCAACAUCCAUCAGUUCAUGGGGCAGUUUCAAGACAAACUGCACCAGAUCCUAAAAAACCUCCUGCAGCGAUCUGGAGAGACUCGCCACUUGCUGCUCACAUGGUUGGGCAACUGCCUGCAUGCUAACAGCGGCCGAGCCAAGAUCUGGGCCAACCAGAUGCCUGAGAUCUUUCAGAUGUACGCCUCGGACGCGUUCUUCUUAAACCUGGGCGCGGCUUUGUUGAAGCUGUGCCAGCCGUUCUGCAAGCCUCGCUCACCCAAGCUGCUCACCUUCAACCCCACCUACUGCGCACUCAAAGACCUGAGUGAAGACGAGAGGCGCAGUCGCAACRUCCAUGCAAGAGGUCAGUGUACAUAUCUUGACAAGGAAACGUGCCUGAUCCCUGUGCCCCAGCAGCAGCAGGUCGAGCCUGCGCAGUCUUACAGCCUGGUAACUGAAAACCUCAUCUUCACACAGCUCACCAUGCACCUCGGCUUCCACAGACUCCACGAGCAGAUGGUCAAGAUGAACCAGUCUCUCCACCGGCUCCAGGUGACCUAUCAGGAGGCCCAGCGUACAGGGAGCCCCAUGUCGGAGCAGCUCCUGGAGCAGUUCGAGCGUCUGAUGAUUGUUUACCUGUCGACCAAAGCUGCCGCCACACAGCCCGCCAUGCUGCGAUGCUGCCUUAACCUGCAAGCUUCCACCGCUGCGGUGCUCGUUCAGCUCAGCAUGGGGAACCAGGGGCCUGAGCAUGUAGCACUCAGCUUCCCCCUGCCCUCCCUGCAGAACACCCUGCUCUGCUACACCCCAGAGUUUUUUGCAGAAAACUUGGGAGACUUUUUCAUCUUCCUGCGACGUUUUGCCGACGACGCCUUGGAGACUUCUGCGGAAGGCUUGGAGCAGAUCCUUCAUUUCAUCACUGUCUUUAUGGGUAACGUAGAGAGGAUGAAGAACCCUCAUUUAAGAGCAAAGCUUGCAGAGGUGUUGGAGGCUGUGAUGCCCCACAUGGAGCCGCUGGCUCCUGGUGCUGCUCAGCCUAUCGUGUUUCAGAGGGAGAGAGUCUUCUGCUCCUACAGACACGCGCCUCAGCUGGCCGAGGCCCUCAUCACUGUGUUUGUUGAUAUAGAAUUUACAGGUGACCCUCAUCAGUUUGAACAGAAAUUCAACUACAGGAGACCCAUGUAUCCAAUUCUGAAGUACAUGUGGAGCAAAGACUGUUACAGAGAGAGCAUUAAGCAUUUAGCAAACUAUGCAUCUGAAAACCUGGAGGCCAUGAACCCCCCUCUGUUCCUCAGGUUCCUCAACUUACUGAUGAAUGACGCCAUCUUCUUGUUGGAUGAGGCUAUACAGUACUUAAGUAAAAUCAAGAUUCUGCAGCUGGAGCGGGACCGAGGUGAGUGGGAAGGCCUGGCCCCUGAUGCCCGAAGAGAGAAAGAGUCGAGCCUGCAGAUGUUUGGACAGCUGGGACGCUUCCACAAUAUCAUGUCCAACGAGACGAUCGGCACGCUGGCCUUCCUCACCUCAGAAAUUAAAAGUAUCUUUGUGCACCCCUUCCUGGCUGAGAGGAUCAUCUCGAUGCUGAACUACUUUCUGCAGCACCUGGUUGGUCCGAAGAUGGGCGCUCUUAAAGUCAAGGACUUCAGCGAGUUUGACUUCAAGCCACAGCAGCUUGUUUCGGACAUCUGCACAAUCUACCUAAAUCUGGGCGAUGAGGAGAAUUUCUGUGCUACAGUCCCAAAGGACGGCCGGUCGUAUUCUCCCACCCUCUUCUCCCAGACUCUCCGUGUGCUGAAGAAGAUCAACAAACCUGGUGACAUGAUCGUGGCUUUUGGUGUCAUUGCUGAUAAAAUAAAGUCUCACGCAGAUAGGCAGCAGCAGGAAGAAGAAACCUAUGCAGAUGCUCCAGAUGAGUUCUUGGACCCCAUCAUGUCCACCCUGAUGUUGGAUCCCGUUCUUCUCCCGUCUUCCAAUGUAACGGUGGACCGCUCAACCAUAGCGAGACACCUCCUCAGUGACCAGACAGACCCUUUCAACCGCAGUCCUCUAACCAUGGACCAGAUCAGGCCAAACGAGGAACUCAAACAGCAGAUCUUACAGUGGCUGAAGAAGCAUAAACAGGAGAAGCUGCAGCUGGGACCCAGCGGCUAGUCCUCGCCUAUUUACUGUGAAAAACUCUUCCCUCCCUGGCUCACACACGCCGCUGCUUCUCGGCAAACCCAUAAAAUCCAGAGUGGGCUUACCUCUGUGGAUUUAUUCCCACUUCUCUUUUUCUCCAGCUGACGCUGCGUUAGCCUUUUUCAUGCAAUUUUCCUGCUUAACGGAUCAUCUCUGCAACAAACUGUAUCCCACCUGCAGGCAACAACUUCCACAUCAAUGCACAGUGACUGCUAUGUGAUCCCAGGAUGCCCUAUUGUGUAAACACUAGCAGGAUGAUGCUUCUGUAAUUGCUACAGACCGAACUGUGGGCAGAACCCGCAGCUCAACUAAGCAGCUGGUUCAAUUUUGAUUUUAUAAUGCAAGGUAAGUAUUUUUGGGAGCGCUAAAACAAGAACAUGUUUGUUUAUACUUUCAAACUUAUUUCCCUCUCAUACAGAAAGUAUCUAUUACACACUGCCUCUCAAAGACUACCAUAUGUUUGCACUUUUUGUGUGAAUCUCAAGCAGGCUAUGAAGAAUCUACUGAAUCUACUUAGCGGAGACUGUUGACUGAAAAUAUUCUACCUUGUUUUAGGCUUUCAAAACCUUUUUUGCAGGGGUAUUUUAAUACCUUAGAUUUUUAAUGGGAGAGUUCAUCAUUGUUGAAUUAAAAUAUGUAACCAUUAAAACUGUUAAAGUCAUGCUAAGUUAAAAGAAACAGUAAGAUUUCUAGGCGUUUUUGGCAGUAUAAUGCGGAAGCUGUUUACAGCAGUUUUAUGGCACAUCGCUGCUAAAAUAACAGCGUAACGUUCUGUGAAAGUAGGAAACAUUUGUGGGGGGGGGGGGGGGUUGUUACAACUUGUCUAAAAUUGAAAAUACCUCCACUGUUUUAGAAACGAUCCCUCAGAGCUGCGUUUGCAGGCUGACGAGCACAGUGACCUUCAUGCAUAAAAUUUGAAAAAGCGCCUUUUUCAGACAAUGAUAAUGGGGACUGAGUGGUUGCUCUUGACCCUGAAAGACGAGAGGGUACCGUCAAAACUGAGGCAUUUCGAUAUCAAAAGACCCACAGAUGUCUCAGAUACUCUAAAUACUCUAAAAUGCCUCGCUGUAAUAGCAAUUGGGCACAGAGGAAAUUACUGAUUUGUCUCACUGACUGGAUUCAGUUUGAUUUAAUUUCUAUGGGGAGAUGAUUUUUCUGGUCAUUAGUGACCACAAUUAUUGAGAUUGAACCUGAAAAGACAAAAAUAUAGGUUGGAAUAAUUUUAGCAAUUUAAAUUAACAUUCAUCAGAUACAUUAUAGCAUUUUGAUUUGUUAUUUUUCUUAAAAUGUAGUGUUUUAAGUCAUUGGCGAACAGUUGAUCAGUAGAAUUGGUGCCUAAAUCCCAAACGCCUUGUGGAGAACGAGGACCUGUUUCAUACUCAUGACACUUUUUUUUUUAUUAUUUUGGAGGAGCUUUUGGAGUUUGCUUGUAGAUUGUCGUAAAGAAGGACAAGUUGAUUUGAAAUAGGAAAUGAUAAAAUGUGAAGAAMAGAUUUGUUGGCAUGCUCUCGUACCGUGUUGAACAUCUACCAACCUUACUUAAUCACAUGGUUUUAAUUCCAAUGCAAGUUUCUUUUGUUUAAUCUGACUUUAAAAUGUUUAUUUUGGAUGUACAGUAAGAUUAAGAAAUAAACUUAUGUAACUAACACA